AACCGUCGCUUCCGUGGUAGACGAUGGACCGGAGAGAUAAGCAAUCUCCUCAAGGAAGAAUAUUUUAAUCCCUCCUAAUUUUGGGUUCUUAGCACCUGAUUAUCAAAUAAUCUGCUAAUAGUUAAAGCUUAAGGCUUUGAGAUGAUUGUUCGUUGGGUAGUAUUUUUAGGAAUUGUUCAACCUUUUCAUUUCUUUCCGAGCAAUCAAAGAAGAAUGUACGCUUUGUCAGAGAUAUAUGAAUUUCUUGAGUUUGUUUCUUUGUUCACUCUUUGGCUACUAUUACUAAAAGGAUUCUGAUAAUGAAGAAAAGAGUAUCAGGAAAUACCCUUAAAGAGACUGUAAUACUUUGGGUUCUAAAUCAGGCAAUAAAUUUGUGGGUGUAUAUAUAGUAUAAUAGAUAAUUUUUUGGUUCACAAAGGUGCUUUUGAAAGGGGGAGAUAUAUGAAUGUGGUUGUACAGAAGGCAAGACACCCUCAGCUACAAGAAUAUAUCCAUUCUGCUGUUGCUGGGCUUCUUCCUUUUAUCCAAAAGGGUCUAGUGGAAAGAGUUGCUGUUAUUUUUUCCAACAAUGACAACAUUCCAGUAGAGAGAUUUGUUUUCAAGCUAACAACAAAUCAAUGCGAUGGCUUGGAUGUGGAAGAGAGUGGUCUAGAAUUCUCUCUUAGAUCAUUCUUGAUCAAGCUUUCAGUCUCCCAGCCACUUAUGAAGGUUUUACCCUGUGUUGAUUGCAGGUGGGAGAUAACAGCUUAUUUUCGUUCCCUUGCUCAGGCUAACAUGGGCAAGGAAGCAGACUUGUGGAUUCCAACCAACAUAAAGCAGUGGCAGCAACCUCCACUAAUCACCCCAAUCAAGUCAAUGAGUACUGACCCUUUGUCUUUGCAGUUAUACCUUGAACAUCCGAGCAUAUCUGAACCAAACCCAAAGCCUUAGCAGGGAACUUCCGCAGCAUGACAGCGCAACAUAUAUAUACCACAUAGUUGUGUGGUUGCUCUGAAGCUAUGGAAGUCACUGGUUUUUUUAAUUUUGUAUCCCCUUUUUCUUCCUAUAUUUCAUCCUUCCAUAACAAUUUGUUCAUAUUGGCAACUUCUCUGUUUUAUGAUGGUUCAAGGGUGUGGUAGGUUAGUUGUUCUCUUGAGGACUGGUGAGGAAGCACUCACAUGUGGGAAGCAUUUGGUUGUAGCAGAUUGGUGUAUUAAUGGACAGUAGAGCUUCCCCUCAAGCUUUCAAUGGAGAUACCCAAGCUUACAUUUGAAAAUUUGAAAGUCUCCCGGCAGUAUGGAAGUGAUGGGGUGAUUUAGGUGUCUGAUAAAAAGGCAACUUUUCUACAUACUCCUGUAAUGAAUUACUUAGGAGAGAGAGAAGUGUGGUUAAUUUUCAUAGAUUAAUGUGGUCAACUAGCUGCAUCCCAAGCAUAGCUUCAUUUUAUGGGUUAUUGACUUUUUUUUUU